AUGCAUUUGGAGAAGAAGGCUGACCUACAACAAAUACCACGAGAACACGAGACACAGGGGGUAUCAGCGGACGUUUUAGUGCUACCAAAAGAGACGGCAAAGCAGAGGAUGUCGAAGGUAUUGAAGGUUAUGAAGAAGAAACACGCUGAGCAAACAGAACGUUAUGCAAGUAAGAGCGAAGAGAAGCAGAGCGAAGAGAAGCAGAGCGAAGAGAAGCAGAGCGAAGAGAAGCAGAGCGAAGAGAAGCAGAGCGAAGAGACGCAGAGCAGAUUACCAAGGAUAGAGUUGUGGGUAAAUCGUGGUGGCCGUGAUCAGUCAUCUGAUCGCUCAACAGGCCUACCACCUGCGCGAUCGCGACGUGGCCGUGAUAUCAAGCUACCAGCCAAAUACAAGUAG